CAAACCAAUUCUCGACUAACCAAAAUAUAUCUUUAGGAAUUUAUACAUUAAAACUACUCUUUUCAAUUCAGAAAAUAGCGACAUUUGCAAGAUACAUAAUCACUGAUAUUUUCGUCAAAAUAAAUUAAAUGUUUAUCAUUAGCCAAAAUACAUCAUCAUUACAAGCUCUGUGUCAUUGAAAGUCCAUAGAGCGAAUAUGGCUGCGUCUCAAGGAGCGAGACCAACAUCAUCGUCCAGUUCUCCUGGGUUUGAAGGAUUCCCGUUUGUGGUACCAGGUAAAUCUUCUGAGGAAAGAUCCACUAAAGAGCAGGAGCAAAUCGGAGAUCCUAAAAAGAAACCAUGCAGGGCUUGUACGGACUUCAAAUCGUGGAUGAAAGUCCAGGAUAAGCAGCCAACUAAUUCAACACAGGAGACCAAUUCAGGCAGCCGGGCAGAGGUGGAUCCACAGUGUCCGUUGGACAGGGAAGAGUUAGGACGUAACACCUGGUCUUUUCUCCACACCAUGGCCGCGUAUUUCCCAGAUCGGCCCUCCCAGACGCAGCAGCAGGAGAUGGGACAGUUCAUUAACCUCUUCUCCAAGUUCUUUCCCUGUGAUGAAUGUGCCCAGGACCUCAGGGGCAGGUUGACAACCAAUCAGCCGGAUGCAAGUAGUCGCCAGGCCCUCUCUCAGUGGCUCUGUUGUCUCCAUAAUGAUGUCAAUGUCCGGCUGGGCAAGCCCCAGUUUGACUGUUCCCGCGUGGACGAGCGUUGGAGAGACGGCUGGAAGGAUGGUUCUUGCGAUUGAUUGACAUUCCGGAAGGAAGGGAGAGGAACUUGUGGUUAAAGCAUAUUUUCCCCAGUGGAACAAAAUAGAAACCGGUUUUCCGCUUAACACUUGACCUCUCCCAGGAUAAUUUCCAAAAAAUUAUAUUAUUGUUCUCCGAUGUCCCCAUUAGAUGUUUUCAACGCAACCCAAUUCAGGCAUUUACAAAGACAUUCGACAAUCGAGUAAAACCUGUGAAAAAACAACUUAUUUUUGGAACUUAUUUUUUUGUGGGGGGGAAUAUAUGGCAUUGUUAAUUUAACAUUUGAUUUUAAGUGUUUAAUUUAAUCAUCUACUCAGAAAAUUUUAUAUUUUUGGUAAUCCUUGUUAGCCGAGUCAUCUGGUUAUUCAUAAACAAAAAAAGAUGGCCAUUGUUAAGUCGUGUGUGUGUGUGUGUGUGUGUGUGUGUGUGUGUGUGUGUGUGUGUGUGUGUGUGUGUGUGUGUGUGUGUGUGUGUGUGUGUGUGUGUGUGUGUGUGUGUGUGUGUGUGUGCGCGUGUCCUUUGUACAUUUUCAGAUCUGUUUUAAUCUAUUAAAUUGCUGGAAAUUGGUUACAGUUAAAAGAAUAUGGACACAUG